AUGCCUCCUAAGCUCCCAAAUUUGAAGUACAAACCAAAGCGUGUUGUUCGUCCCAAGGAUGAGGGAAAUGCGCCUCAAACCGCGGAAGGUGUGGAGGACAUGAGCCUUCUCCAGUUGGAGCGUCUGCGUCUCCAGCAGGAAGCCGUUCUCCAGCAGCAGCAGCAGCAACAACAACAACAGCAACAGACAUUUAGAGCAGGUGCACCAGCGCCGCUUUCUUCGCGGGGUGACGCUGCCGCAUCGGGCGUUUCCGGUGAGAAUGUGCCCGCCCGCAGGCAGCCUCGUUUGCAGUCUGCCCAGAUAGCCGCUAACCGCGCAGCUGCUUAUUUUGCCCCCGAGGCUGAGAGGUUUCCCGAGAAUACCAUGUCGAAGAUCCUUGAGAUGAAGGCCGAUACUCCAGGUGUGACUGUUUAUCACCCAACACCAUUGGACUGCACACUCCCUGCCCGUUUGCAGUCGUGUGAUGGGGAGGGUCCUGUGGAAGGAGACGAUCAACGCAUAGAAGCGGCGACGCAGGACGACGGCGUCGCCUUCCUUAAGGAAUACGAGGAGGAGUUGCGUCGAUCGAGGCUGGCCAAUAUGCGGUUUGAGCGUGAGGUGCUUCACGCUUCUGCCAAUAAAAUUGAUAUGGAAACUCCUGUGGGGCGUUCGGAUGAAGGUGAGUUGGUGUGGUUUCAGCUUCCUCGCUUUCAGGCCGAUCCCCCGUUUGCACUAACGCAGCUGCCCUCUGGCAAGGUCGGGGAGGUGAAGGUGUAUAAAAGCGGACGCAUGACAAUGGAAAUUUGUGGUGUGUACUACGACCUAGCCGUUGAAGGUUACACCGCUGGGGGUGAUGGGGCCUGUAAUGUUGUGGCCGCCGUGGCGCCUUCUCAGCAGCCGGACGAGAAGGCGAGUUGCUACCAGUUGGGGCUUUUGGAAAAGAAGAUUGUUUGCACGCCAAGUAUCACUGUGGACAGCUGA